AUGCAAAACCUCACUGAUCCACUUCUCUUGAACGUUAUCCAAUGUAUCUGGCGAGUCCACAGAGAAACAAAUCAAAAUGACGUUGGAAUCUGGGUAAGAAAGCGGUCUCAACCGGUCAUAGUCUUCCUGACCGGCGGUAUCCCACAGGGCCAACUCAACUCUUCUACCAUCAACUUCCACGUCAGCAACGUAGUUCUCAAAGACUUGCUCAAUACCAAGACCGUGGCCUAUCUCGCUGUUCCGUCCACUGGAUCGUUCCAAAUCGGCCAACUUGGCUGCAAGCAGAUCACAAAGCGUAUGCUGCGCCACGGACCUUCGCGUCGCUCAAACAAACACCCCAAUAACCCGCCCAUCGUGUUGCAAGAACCGCUCACUAUUGCGUUACUUACCUUCCUUGAUAUUGAGUUCCUUGUGUGCUCUUUGCAGAGGCUCCACUUUGGCAAGGAAGUCGUAUUUGAGUUCGUCUUUGACCCACAACUCGUCGCCGUACUUUUCCUCGAACUGCUGGGUCGAAUCGCAGCCGUCUGGCUUAUAAAUAUGGAGCUUGAAUCUUGGGUAUCUGGUUUGCACCUGCUCGAUCAAAGAAUGAGUUUGCGGGAAGUGAUACAGGGUAUCGAUGAAGACCAAAUCAAUAGGAUCGAUGUCGAGUUUGUCGAGCAUGUCCAGGAUACAAAGUCCGGUCAAACCAAAAGCUGUGGUCUGGAAAAGGUUUGGAAACGUAACCACAGCCCACUUCAAAACCUCCUGCGGGGACAGCUUGGCCAACGUCUUGUUGAGAUGCUUCAGUUGGAAGUCUGUGAUGACGAUAUCGCUCAUUGGAGGCAAGAAUAG